AGAGGGCUUCGGUGCUGUUCUAAGGCUGGCAUGGAGAAGGACAGCAAACAGGUGAAGUCAUCCGAGUGGUAGGUCUUUUCCAGUUGGAUGUCUUGUUGUCCUGUUCAAGAACUAAGGGCUGACACAUGAUGUGUACCGGCAGGUGUUCCAGAUGCAUCGGGAUUGCCUUGUUCCCUCUCUCUAUCUGUGCGAUUGUCUCUAAUCUUCUCCUCUACUUCCCCAAUGGACAAGUGUUAGAUGCUGACAGAAUCACUGACCUGGUCUGGUUUUUCCAUGGCAUUCUGGGAGCUGGAAUACUGAUACUCUUGCCAGCGUUUAUGAUGCUGGGUGCAGGUGGAGAAGGAUGCUGUGCUAACAGAUGUGGGAUGCUGCUCUCUGUCCUCUUUGCUGCGUUGGGAGCCUCAGGUGGCGUGUACUGUAUGAUCAUUUCAUCCUUGGGGUUGAUUAACGGUCCCCUUUGUGACAUUGGCGAUGAAGUAUACACUUACCCUUUCAGGAACAACACUUUCAUGGACAAUUAUUUGUUUAACCAGACAACAUGGAGCAUUUGCAAAAAGCCUGAAAACAUCAUCCUUUGGAACGUGGUCUUGUUCUCCCUCCUUCUGGCCAUUGGCACGCUCGAAGCUGUCCUUUGCUUCAUCCAAGUCGUCAAUGGGCUCAUUGGGUUCCUGUGUGGCACUUGCCUCAGGAAAAGGAAGACUGAUGUCGCAGAAAUGUGACCAGCCUACACAGAAUGCAGGAGAAAAACAACAUCUGGCCAAUUCAUGUCCAGUCAGGAUUGUGUUGUGUUUGUUGUAUGUUGACAGGAACUAAGACACAGCGGGUGCUGAAAACUACAAAAUAAUCUAGAC